GAAGUGCGCAACGGUUGUGUACAAAAGCCAAUUUGAAGUUGUUGAGUGACGAUCAUAGAAAAAUUGCGUGAAAAUCGCUAUUACUAUUUGGUAUAGUUAUAAUAUUGGUGGGUGAUCCUUUUAUAUUUUGAUUUGUCUAUUCUUAUGCUGAUAGCUAUAACGGAAGCUUGACUGUAUUAGAUUUCAGUGUUAUUUUAUGCAACUCAAACUGCUCCCACUGCUCUUGUUCUGAAAUCAAAAUGAAAAUGCUUGCUUUGAAUUAAAAUAAGUGAAAUUUGUCACUAACAAUACUUUAAGAUAAUUGCUGCCGGAAUACAAGUUGAAGUGGUCCCUGUGAUUUUUACUUAUAAAUCCUGUGAUCAUCUUUUCCAGACAGAUCAUGGAUCCAGUGUUUGUUCCAAUGUCAAGCUCGGGCCUUCCCGCUGGCUCCAGGCUGUCUACUUAUCUUACAAACCGGCGCGGCGCCGAGACGGCCGACCCGAGCGGCGACCUGGCCAGUCUGAACCUGGAGCCGGCGCUGUCGCGCGCCUCUGGCCCAGCGCCCAGCCUGCCGCACUCCGCCUCCACGCCGUCGUUUGCCUCGUUCAACCCGGCGCGUGCCGCGUUCGGCGUCCGCCGCGACCUGCUGAACGGUUCGCCACCGGACGCUGUCAAGACGGGCGACGACGGCGCGGAGGCGAGCUCACUCUUCCAGGAGCACGUGGGCGGCACGACCUACUACUUCACUGCCGAGGAGGCGGCGGCGCAGAAAUCUGCCGAGCCGCCGACCGUGCCGGCGCCGUUCACCGCCUAUGUGACGCCGCCGCCUCAGGUUGCGCCCGGCCGCGGCGCCGGCUCCGCCAGCCUGCUGGGCGCCGCCAGAGCGCCGGCCGGCUUCUUCGCCAGCGACGAGCUGCGGGAGCAGAUUCUGAAACAGCAGAGUCUGAUGCUGGUGCACCCGAACCCGCAGGCCUACCCCGAGCUGCCGACCGAGGUGGACAGCUACCACGAGCUGUGUCCUCUGGAGCCUCCCGGACCGCUGCAAAAGUCGGCCCUCUUCAACUGCGUCACCUCUGUCUACAAGGCGACCAACGUCAAGACGGGACAGUGCUGCUGCCUCCGGCGGAUACACGGUAUGCGGCUGGCCAACACCAACAGUCUCCAGACGGUGGCCCAGUGGCGCAAACUCAGCCACACCAGUCUGGUGGCGCUGAGGGAGUUCUUCACCACCAAGGCGUUCGGUGACAACUCGGUGGUGAUGGUGUACGACUACUACCCGGGCGCCGAGACGCUGAUGGCGCGCCACUUUAGCCAGCCGCCGCAGCUGAACGGGUUCGCCGACCCGUUCCAGGACCCGAGCAUACCGCGGCCCUACAGCGCCCAGAAGAACGCCGUGCUCAGACAGAAAAACGCACUGAUGCCCGAGGCGCUGAUCUGGGGGUACAUCAUCCAGCUAUCGGGGGUCCUGCGUCAGAUCCACGCGGCCGGACUGGCGUGCCGUGUGCUGGAUCCCACCAAAAUACUGGUGACAGGUCAGGACCGUCUUCACGUGAACGCGUGCGGCGUGCUGGACGUGCUGCUUGCCGACAGCGGCAACACCAACUCGAUGAUGAUGGUGCAGCACUAUCAGCAGGAGGACCUGGUCGGCCUGGGCAAGCUGCUGCUGGCGCUCUCGUGUAACUCGGUGCUGGCCGUGCAACCGGACAACUUCAACACGAGCAUCAGCAUCGUGGAGCGGCACUACUCGGCCGACCUGAAGGCCGUCAUCAUGAAUCUUCUAGUUCCGAACGGCGGCCGCCAGCGGAGUAUCAACGACGUGAUGCCGAUGGUGGGCGCGCGGUUCUACCAGCAGCUGGACGCGUCUCACCGGCUCUGUGACCGGCUCGAGGACGAGCUGGGCCGGGAGGUGCAGAACGGCCGACUGUUCCGACUGCUCGCCAAACUCUCGGCCAUCACAGAGAGACCCGAGCUGAACCUGGACGGCGCCUGGGCCGAAACGGGCGACCGCUACAUGCUGAAGUUAUUCCGCGACUACGUGUUCCACGCCGUGACAGAGGAGGGCCGACCGUUCCUGGACAUGGCGCACGUCGUCCAGUGCCUCAACAAGCUGGACGCCGGCUCCUCGGACAAGGUGUGUCUGAUGUCGCGUGACCUGCAGAAUGUCCUCGUCACCACCUUUUCCGAGCUGAAACAAUGCUUCGAGCGCUCGUUCAGAGAGCUGUUCGAAGCGUCGCUGGCCAAGGACCCGCCGGGAGCGUAGCGGUUUCCCUGUGACGAUCGCACACCCGCGGCGGUGUGAAGAAUCGCCCGGCCCACCGAUGUGAGGUGCUGAACGGGCCGAAACUGUGACCAUCUGCCAGCGCGGGAGCCGCCGUAAUUCGAGCUCCUCGGUGAUCAUUGUCGCUUCGACUCCGGUGUUCGGAGUGAGGGCUGUUUUUUUUUUCGUGCGUAUUGUCUACGACGUGGCGGUGAUCUGCAGUUACUCUGCUGUAUAUUUGCAGCAAUUUGACGAUUUUUGAGGCGGCAGGGGUGCUCACUCACUCGGCCCCAGCUGCUGUGGUGCCGGAGCUUCCGUGCGAGUUUCCCGAGGCGCGGACAUGAGUCUGAGUGGGCGGCUGAGCGCGUGGGGCGGUCGGCCGGCCGGGUGGGUGCCCGGCGCCGACUCAUCCAGCUGCUGUCGGUGCGAUGGUGAAUGCGAUAGAGUGGAGAGCGAGCUGUGGAGUCUCUGUCCACCGUGUACAAACUGCGGCCAGGCCCAUCCACCUGCCGCCGUCUGUCCGUCUGUCCGUCUGUCUGUCUGUCUGUCUCUGUUUGUAAGAGUCGGUCACAGUCGAGUCCCGUACAGCUAUGGACUCUAUCGUGACAUGUGCGUGCUGCGCGUGUUUUAGUCGCUGGCCAAAUGUUUGCUCCGCUGUUUUGUUUUAUCGCGCGCGGAUGCGCGAGUACAAAGUGUGUAUUUGGUUGAUGGAGGGUGGCAGGGGCAUAUGGCCACCGCUGGUGGGCUGCUCAGAGGCGGCUGCCUCAUGGAAUGAUGCGCUCACAGAGUGAUUGAAGAUCGGUAUUGUUUGGUGACGUCGCCCACGACGGUGCUCCGUAUUAGUCGGCCGUGCUGCUUUCGUCUCGCUUUUAAGCCGAGUGUAUAUUGGCCCAUAGCGCCAUGUUGCGUCGAGCUGGUUCAAAAGACCCUGCUGUGAUCCAUAGCCUAGUUAAGUUCUUUUAGAUGCGUUUGUAUGCCCGCCAUACACAUCCCAUUGUCACUAUUUGCGGGCUGACAGAAAUGUCCGUGAUGAAUUAUUCCUAGACGUGUGAUAGGUCGAUGACAAGAAGAAGGAAAAGGAGAGGAGAAAAACAACAAAAUGCCAACUGUAAAAAGGAUUAACACUGCAAAAGUAACCCAAAAACACAAUAAAACGACAAAUGUUA